CCCGCCGCCCGCGCCGCCCUCGCAGGUGGAGGGGGAGGUCGCCGAGGAAGAGGACGACGACGCGCCUCCGCUCAGGCUAGUUGGUGUGAUUAUGGAGAUUCCAUUGGAGCUGAUGCUGACUAUAACUCAAAAACGUCCUUGGAUGUUUUUCCCUGACAUUAUUCCACUAGGCCAUCCAAUAUUUGACAUCAUUGAAUCAACAGAUCCUGAGCCAUAUUCAAAUGCACAGUCGUCUACAAGAAAGAGGGACAUGAAGAAGCUAGUGCAAGAUCAUUCACCUUGCCAGCCAUUGGCUCUACAGAGUGAUCCUGAUAUUACCAUUUUACCGAUAAAGGAAAUUGAAAGAAGACGGAAGAUUGGUGCAGCAAACAAGGGGAAGGUUCCAUGGACAAAUGGGAGGAAAUUAAGCAAAGAGCACAAGGCGCUCAUCAAGCAACGGACUACUGAGGCUCUUAGAGAUCCCAAGGUUAGGAAGAAAAUGCUAGGGCAUCGACAACUGCAUAGACAAGCAAGCAAAGACAAAAUAAGUGCGGCAUUGAGAAAGAUCUGGGAAAGGAGGAUAGUGUCUGUCAAAGCAAGACAGGAGGUUCUUCGAAUAUGGUCAAAUUAUAUUGCAGAAGCAGCAAAACAAGGUGACUACAGCCAAGAUAAGCUGGACUGGGACAGCUAUGACAGGAUAAAGUCUGAGAUGAUAUCUAUGUACAUAUGGAACAAAGACAGGGAAAGAAUAAUCAAGAAGCUUAAAAAAGCAGAGGCAAAAAUUGCACCCAAGAAGCUUCAGGCAACACAGAGAAGCAAAGUACAGACUAGAGGAGUAAAGAAUCUGCAAUGUGAGAAGUUGGUUCUACGAAAAUCUGAUUCUCAACCAACACGAGUGGUAGUAUCUACAAGACCGAAAACUUAAGGAAAGAUUAACCAAGUGGCAUGAUCGCAAAAAGGAGCUCGAGACCAUGAUAAGUUCCAGGACAAGGAAAGGAGUGGGGCCGAAGUUCAAAACCAAGGCGAAAUGAAGCAGAAAGGUGAACAUAAGUGGAUUUGGUGGAGGAGCUCCGCAUAAGUUGCAAAGACAAGCUUUGUGGCGAAAUUCACCACAAGGCGAAACCCAGCACUGAGCUGUUCUCCAGAUGGUGGCUACUAGCUAGCAUGCAGUUUUUUAAGUUAGAGAAGGGCACAAUGGUUCGUGCCAGCAUCAAUGAUGCAGUGGGAGCAUAGCAUCACUCUCGACUCUUGAGGAUGACCAGUCUAUGUGAUGUUUUGCUUUAAGGUUUUGUUUCCAGUGGUCAAUGCAAUAUCAUAUACUGGAAGUGAGUGUUCUUAUCAUUGUUCAUGAUUUUAGGUCCAGUACUUUCGUUGCUAAUGUGAAGUUUGGUUUGUUGAUUUGUCUGAUAGUGCUUCGGUCGGUGGUGUACAUUUGAG